UAAAAGGAGUUGUUUACAAAACUUUUCAUGCCGAAAUUUUGCAACGUUAACGUAAUCGAAAACGAAAAUGAACAACGAUGACAGUCCAGUAUUACUUUAUGCUCAUCCUUCGAUGUAUUUGCUGGCAGAAGAAAUUGUCAACAUGUGUACAAGGCUAUCUAACGAAUGCAGCCAAUCUUCUCAAACCGAUACACCGUCAGUUAGCAAACGAUCGAUUGAGAGAACCUUUUCCUUAAGUGGCAAUGGAUUAAGAGCUGUAAAAUUUAGAAAAACCAUUCAAUGGAAGAAGUUUCAAGAUGGUUUCCCAAAUUUGUUCAUUGAAGAUGUCAGAUAUAUGGCAGGGAAAGAUGUUAUAUUUAUUGGAAGUUUUCAUACGCCAGAACUUAUCUUUGAACAGCUAUCAGUUUUAUACAGUUUCCCGAGAUAUUUAGCAAAGUCAUUUCACUUUAUCCUGCCAUAUUUUCCAACAGGGACAAUGGAAAGGGUAGAUACCGAAGGACAAAUAGCCACCGCUAAGACAUUAGCAACUCUUAUUUCAGCCAUACCUCUAACAGCAAAGGGACCAGCACAGAUUUGUAUUUUUGAUAUUCAUGCCUUACAAGAAAGAUUUUAUUUCUCUGAUAACAUCAUUCCAAGACUUGAGUCAGCAGUUCCAUUAUUACUUCGAGAGGUUGAUAGAAUGGCAGACAAAGAUAACAUAGCAUAUGCCUUCCCGGAUGAUGGAGCUUGUAAAAGAUUUCAUCACUUUUUCGGGGAUGAUAACCCAAUUACAUGUGUUAAAAUAAGAGAUGGGACCAAGAGAAUUGUAAAAGUCAAAGAUGGAAAUCCCGAAAAUAAACAUGUAAUAAUAGUUGAUGAUCUUGUACAGACUGGGGGUACACUGAAAGAAUGUGGAAAGGCUUUACUGGAAAAAGGAGCAAAGUCUGUAAGUGCUUAUGUGACACAUCCAGUUUUCCCAAAUGACUCGUGGAAGAGGUUUGUCGAUUCAGAUGUGAAAUUUGAAAAUUUUUGGAUCACAGACUCAAUACCUCAUGCUAGAGAGAUCUGUAAUCACCCUCCAUUUAAACUUCUGUCAUUGUGUGAUCCUAUUGCAGAGAUGUUAAUGGGAUAUGACCUCAUGCCUUGCAGAUAAUUUGUGUAUCUGUUGAUUGUCAUGUGAUCUACACAAUUAUUCCAACAAAUAUGAAAGUAUUGUGAUCUCAUUUUAUGCUGAUAUUACAAUUUCUAGGCAAUAUUAUAUGAACAAAAAUAGCAAAUAGGUUUGAUAUGUUCUGAUGGUCAUGUAAUGUAGAUAUUCUAGUGAAUUGUUGUAGAUUCUAUAGAUCAUAGAUAUUGUUAUGGACUACUUUUAUUGUUAACUUUUUUUAUAUUAUUGAUUGAGUUAUUGUACUAAUAAAUGUUAUAUAAUA